AUGCAGCCCCCGCAAGCUGGCCAGAGAAGUGAGCUUCAACCCCUGCGAGACUACAAAAAGCCCUUCAAGUUCAAGAUGCCGAAUUCAGAGACGACAAGAACACUCCACCUCGAACUUCCAACGCCUUUCAAGAAAGAUAAUGGUUUGGCGGAUUCUGGUCUCGUGCAUAAUGGACCUACAUCUUCAAAAUAUGGAGGAUCACAGUCCUUUCUUCGUCCACGAGACGAAAUCGGGUUAUCAGAGUCUCCUCUUGUUUAUGUGCCCCAAAUUAAAGACUUGGCUCCGAGGCGAAGAAAGGUUGUUUGGGUAUGGGUCUGCUGCGUUUGUCAAAGGCCUCUUCAAGCAGGUUCUUGCCCCCCUUGCCUGGAAUGCCCCAUUUGCAAAAAACGUCGACGUUUCUCGACAGAGACCACCCAUGUCUCUGAUAAAGUUGAAGAACCAACAAAGCACCCUCCAGCAUUCGUGGCAUUAAACGAGAGGCCCCGGGCAACAUCGAUCACUUGGCCGUCAGGCGAUAUCAAGACCGGUGGCACUCCAUGCUACGAAGUACCGGGGUUCAUCAAUGGUAUUGCUAUCAACGGUCUGCCAGACUCGGGAUCGUCAGUAGAUUGUGUUUCCGAAAUGUUUAUACAGCGCCACAGCAUGAAGCUCGAGAUAACCAGGAGCCAGAUGAUACGUUUACCUGGAGGAAGCAAUGCCGAGAGUGUUGGAAAGUUCAUGGGCUACUUCAAAUUCCAGAAUGAAGAACGAGUGUAUCGUCGUGAGUUUCACGUGCUUCGUAACUGCGUGUACGACCUAGUGCUGGGUAGGGAAUUCCUGGAUAUGACCAAAGUCUUUACCGAAUUCAGGGACAGGAUUAUCAAAAGAAUCCGUCCCUGCGUUCGGCGAGGAAAUCACCUCUUUCUUCUCGAUGAAGGACCGAAAAAUCUUAUUCGUUGUGCUAUCAAUGGUGCCGAAGCAUCUGCUUUCCCUGAUACCGGAUCGGAUCUGAUGAUUGCCUCUGGAGGCUUUGCCCGUCGUCACAAUCUGAAAGUGCAUAGAGGAGAGAAAUACAGAAGACCGGUCGAACUCAUCGAUGGAACUGUCAUCAGAACGGACGGCAUGGUUCUCGGCGCUGAAUUGCAGUUUGACGUCUCUACGUCGGCAUCACAGGUGCUUGACUACGAUGCGUAUCAAACAUUCAUUGAUAACCUUGACUCAUUGGCAAACCAUGGAUACCACCAUCAACAACGAUCCUCAUUCAUUUGUGAUCUUCACAUUAUUGAGGAUCUACUCCACGACAUUAUUCUCAGCAACGAGUUUAUCUUUCAUAAUGAAGUCUUCUCAAGAUUUAAACACUUAUUCUACGCGCAACUUACUACAACAUUGCCUGGCAGCAACCUCAUGGAAAGUAGCAUACUAUUUGUGAGAAAAGCAAGAGAAUCAAGGUUCUGUCGCUGGUGGCCCUCUCGCUGGCGCCGACAAUAUGACAACACCGAGACGUCCGCCCCAUCCUCGGAUCUAGUUACUACAUUAAAAGUGUUAUCCUGGGAGGAGCGCUGGGUUGUCGAAGAGGCUAGGAGGAACAGUGCACAAUUACGCAUUGCUGGGUUGCCAGAGUUGUACAGACUUGAUGCGCAGAGGAUUGAAAACCAUAGAAUGUCUCUGUGGGAUACAAAGAACUCUCGGUCACUGUCAGCAGGGUAG